CUCUCGACUACUUCGCCUAUCACUCCUCUGUGGACGACGAUAUCGGUCGGGUGUUUGUGACGGAUGAGUGCGCGUCUUCCCUGCCGGCCCUGUGCAUGAUGGUUGACGCCAUCGCGUCGGCCAACUGCCCGUCGCAUAUCGACCACUUGGCGCUGGUGAGGCUGCCGCAGAUGCUGGCUGAGCCUGGGAGGGAGGCCGCCUACAAGUCGCAGGUGGGGUCGCUGCCGGUGGAGGUCAACUUCUCCUGCAUGAAGGCUCUGCUGCGGCUGCCCCUGACGGCCCCGCUGCCGUCGCUGCUGCUGCACCUGAUCGACAAGACGAAGGCGACGGACCUGACGGCAAAUGAGCAGAUGCAGGGUGGGUGUGUGGGUGGAGAGUGAGCCGAGCGAUUCGCAUCGAGAGGUUCAUCUGUGUGUCAGGUUUGUCGCUGCUGGCUCAGUUGAGGAAGAGCCGUCACGGGAAGUGGGGCGACUACCGAUCUAACGAGGUGCGGCCGUAUCCUGCAGACAGAUUCAUCAUCGCAUCGGCCGCCGAUGUAUCAACGGGUGUGUUUGUAUCUAUCUAUGGGUUCUUUAGAUCGCCAACUGGGUGCAGGCGGUGUGUGAGGGUCGCGAGGGCAGGUCGGUGGCCGAGUGUGUCAGCAUCUAUGAGGCGGCCGAGUGGCUGACCAAGGCGGAAGGGAGAGACCGAAUCAGACAAAGAGCCAUCAAGACGGUACGUAUGUAAACGAAGCAACCACUCGCCACUUAGACGAGGCAGACACACACGUGUGUGUGUGCGUGUGUGUGUGUGUGUGUGUGGGUGCAGCUCCAUUCUCUGCUGUCUGGCGCGUCAUCGCGUCCCAGUGUGGUUCGCGAUUUGCCGCUGGCAUUGGGUGUGGAUGCAUUGACCAAGGAGAACCCCAAGUGGAGAUCGGACCUCAAGUGAGCCAAACAAACAGAGGGAGAGAGGGAGAUCGAGAUGGAGACGGUAACGAUCCUGAUGUGCCUCCUGUGUCUGUCUGUUGGACAGAGUGUUGCUCGAGCGUCCCCAAAUGGACGUCGCCGUCAUGUGUGACGUCUUUGCCAAGGUCUACGAUCCCGCAAAUGUGGUCAGAUGCAUGGCACACGAGCACAGCCAGCCCGAUGGCUCGUGUGUGCCCAUGUCAUCUGUGUGUGUCUGCACCAACCAACAGGCGUUGAGCGGUGUGCUGAUGCGCAUGCUGUGGUCCCGCAUCAACCGCUCCCUCUCGUCCCUCCAGACACACAGCCUCAUGGCCAUGAUGGACGGCAUCAGGACACUUCAGGCAAGGAAGCAGACGGGAGAGAGCCACACACAUGCCCUCUACACACACAUACGUGUCCCAUCCCUGCCCCUCUCUGUCCCUCUAAUCUGCAGCUGCAGUCGAUGCCGAAGGACGAGCAGUUUCUGCGCGACGCACCCUCCCAGCUGCUGGCCAAACUGUGGCCCAGGGCGCUUUCCCUCAUCGACACCAUGAGCACGGAGGACUUCGCUAGGGCAAGACACAAACCGACACCUAGGGCGUCCGUCUUAUGCGGGGAUGAAUGCCAUCCAUUGGUGUGUCUUGUGUGUGUCCGUCAGGUGUGUCUGACCUACCUGCACCAGCUGGUGCGGGAGAGUGUGCCGCACUCGUCAUCGGCGGCCGCCGCCACUUCUGCUGCUGCCUUCAUGCGCCGACAAGACGACGAACAGGCUGCUGCUGAGGGGGAAGAAACCACCAGAACUUGUAUGCGCCCAUCCAUCCAUCCAUCCAUCCGUCCAUGGCAAAGGCGGUCAAGUCCUCUUUAUGUGUGUGUGUGUGUGUGUUUGUGUAAAUGUCAGCACCGACGUCACGUCGCCGCACGACCCCAUUCGAGCUGACGCGGUCGUCCCAGCUGCUUCGCGAGCUGCUGGGGGCACUGGACAGGAGAGCGGGAGAACUCAACAUGCGGCAGUGGGAAAAAAUCGCCAAAGAGGUCAGUCAGUCAGUCAGUCAGUGACCGCACCACACUAUACAACACUACACACACCCAUUUAGCCAUCUCUGUGCCUGCCUGCAGCUGUCCCCCCUCAUCGAAGAGGAGACCGCUAUCCACCCUGGCAUCCACCCAGCGGCCGCCAGACCGCCCCAGACGCACACCGAUGCGCCUUCGUCAUCCGCCGCUGCCUUGAUUCCCUCGUCAGCUCGGUGGGCUGGGUUUGACCACUCGCCUUUGGAGGUCAUCUACACGACGGGCGGGCGGAUGUUUGGCGAUGCGGAGAGGGAGAUGGGCGAGCGGGAGAUGGAAGCGCUGCGGGCCGACCUCCGGCUGAUGCCGCUGCACGAUGUCUGCUCCCUCCUUGCGGGGCUUUAUGAAAGUGAGAUUAGCCAGGCCGACAGAGACUCCGGUUUUGUGAGAUUUCUCUGUGCGUUGCGACUGUGACUCUGUGUGCGUGUGUGUCUUCAGUUGGUGCGCGUCACCCACAUGUGUUUUCGGUGCUGCAGCAGCACAUUGAGACGCAGCUGGCGGAGAGAAGCGACACCCAAACCCUGCCUCUCAAGGUGAGUGCCUCCGAAGGCCGACCACCCUGGCCACAGGACAGGUGUGUAUGUCACUCACUGUUUGCGUGUGUGUGCAUCAAUCAGGAAGCCGCAUUGGUCCGUUUCCUCGGCGCAAUGGACCCGGCGCUCAUCAAGGGCAACCACGGACCAUCGUCAACGACAGCAACGACAGCCCUAUCGGGUGACUUGGAGGGCGACACGGCCCCUGUGCAGCAGAUGAAGACGUCGCUGCUGGACCGGGUCCACGCGGCUUUGCACGAGUCGCUGACGCCCCCGUCACCGUACAGCGUCCGCAUGCUGCUCUGGCUGGUCGACAAACUGUGCGCCAAGAACCGAUCUAACAGGUAGGUGCGUCCAUAUGGCUGGCUGGAUGGGUGCCUUUGACGUGCUCUGUGCUGGUGCGGUGUGGUGUGGUGUGCGAGUGUAGGUUUCGGUCGAUGCUGCACUCUGAGGACCUCGUCAAGAGGAUCGUCGAGGUGAGAGAGGACACGCAGGGCAGGUGCACUGAGGAUGUGUGUUCGUGUCAGUCAUGCAUCUUGGUGUCUGUGUGUCUGUGUCUGUGUGUGUGUGCAGUGCAUCGGUGCCUGUCCGUCUAAAGAGCGUGAGGCGCUGACCGCCGAAGAGCUCACGCAGUUCCUCAAGGCCGUGCAGAACAUCCCUAACAAGGUCAGGUGGCCGCCCCUCUCUCUUGCUCAUGAAGACCUUGUGUCACCCAUCCAUCCAUCCCUCCACUUAUGUGUGCAAUGCAGCCUGUGUCAGCCUACAUGCUGGCGCUGCGUUUGGCGGUCCCGCGGCUGUCGGCCUUCCCCACACACGCCUUCGUCGACUUCCUCUCGGUGAGUGCGCACCGCCACACACACACAAAUGAGCGUGCCGUGCAUAGAUACUCACGGCUGACUUUGUAUAUUGCAGGUGGUCGCUCACCGGGAGGCCAUCGUCAUGAAGGCAGAGGCCAAACCGUGAGCCGACGACAAGCACAGCACACACACAGACCGACUCACACAUUCGACAAAUGCUCCUGUGUUUGUGUGAUGCUGAAUGGAUGGAUGGAUGGAUGACGUCCGUCAGUCACCCGUACACGCCCCGGGGUCUGCUGCGUGAGGCGCUGCUGGAGGGGCUGCGGAACCAGAGUGUUGGGGGCCUCUCCUUCAGGCAGCUCGUGGCCACAUUCGAGGCACUCGGCCGACUACACUUAUACGAAGAGGGCGUCAUACAGGUAAUGUGUGUGUGUGCGGCCGGGGCAACACAGACAGACAGACAGACAUCCGUCUGUGUGUAUGUCUGUGUCUGCAGGGUUUUCUGGAGCAGACGAUGAGCUGCCCUCUGCACCUGUUCUCCAAGUAGGUCCAGGGUAUGUCUGAAUGCCUUGCUAUGAUGGCUGUGUGUGCAGGGGCGACUUGACGGCGCUGUUCGGCAGUUUUGUAGAGCUGAGAGUCCACGACGCUCCUCUGCUCAACAGACUGGUCUCAUGGUCAGUCACCACACACACACACACCUCUCUCUGAUAACGCCCUCCCUGUCUGUCUGAAGGUACGUCCACUCCCUGACCAACAUUUUGCCGGAGCCCUUCGACAACGACGGCCUCGACAAACUCAGCCAAAUCGCUCUGCAGCUCGCCGCGGUGGCCUUCCCACAAAACAGACACACACACACACAAAGGGAUGGAUGGAUUCACCACACACGACAUGUGUUUGUUGUGUGUGGUGUGUGAUGUGUGGUGUGCAGCUGGGUUUCAACACUCGUGAGUUCACCCGUCUGUGUGCGGACGCCCUCAUGGCCUCCGCACUUAGCUACCCACACAGAGUCGCUCUGCUCAAUGCGCUCGCCAGAUUCCACCGAUUCGAGCCUCCGUAGGACGACACAAACAAAUAGACCAACACACAGACCCCCUGUCUCCCUGUCUGUCUGUCUGUCUGUCCACGGCAUCGCACGUGUGUCUGGUGUGCCUGGUGUGUUGUGCUGUGUUGUGUGCAGGUUCAAGGACGCCUUCAUUAAGCUGAAAGACGACUACCAAGACAACAAGAGUACACACACACACAGACACACACACACACACACAGAGGAAGAAGGCAGCGAGCAACACACUCAUGUCAUGCGCCCCACACACAUCCAUCACACACACUCAACGUGUCCACCAGAUCUGCUGAGCGACCGCGACAUGUCCCGGCUGUCUCAAGUGUACAUCUGCACGUCCUACGACGGGCCCCCCAGCCUGAGGGCCAUGCUGGGCGAGGAGCAGUACAGGGACUUCAUGCAGCAGGUGCCAUUCGACGUCUGGUUCAGGGAGCAGGAGGAGCAGCUCAAGUUCAACGCCACGCAGGAGUGGUACCAAACCAUCGAGGUAAGCUAGCUAAGCCGAACCAACCGGCAUGCAGCAGGCAGGCACACAGACAGACAGUGGCCGACAGGGGCUGACAGGGAUGUCAUCUCAUCGUUGUGUGGCUCGCUCUGUGGUGUGGUUGUUUUGUGUGUCAGCGUGUGAUGGCUAUGUUGCCAGGCGACUACCACGAGUGGCGUCACGAGGUGACGGAGGUCUACGGCAUCGACUUCGUCAAACCCAAACCACCCGGCAGGGAAAACGGUCAGCCACACACACACGGGGAUGUAGGGAGGGAGGACUGCGGAGAGCACCUGUCCUGUGGAUGUGUGUGUGUGUGUGCCGACAGAUACAUCAGAAGCUCGCGAAGCGCUGCUCGUCAUACCGCCCCGGGACCACCUCAGGUCAGUCAGUCAGGGACAGAGAGACAAGACCAUGGAUACGCCCGUCCGCUGUAUGGCCGUCUGUUCGUUCGUUCGUUGUGGUUGUCUGCAGGUGGUACGUGCCCGUCGCUGGCGGAGGGGCGGCCGCACCAGGUUAGCAGAAGAACGCACCAAGCCAGCCAGCAAUCAUCCCGGUGUGCCUGUCUCUCUCUCUCUCUGUGCGUGUGUGUGUGUGUGUGUGCAGAGGCUGGCACAUCGCCGAACCGGUGCAAUGGGUGAGUGAGGGAGCGGAGACGGAGAAACCGAUCGGCUUGUGUGUAUAUAUGUGUGUGUGUGUGUGUGUGUCGAUCGUCAUAUGGACCUAUCAGGACCAAGGUAGUUGUUGGCAACAGUCUGUUGAAGGUGAAGCACCUCCACGGCAUAUGGGGCUACAAUGUCGCCGCACUCUACCUCGCUGAGGUCAGCUCUACCAGCCAGCGGGGCGACAGACACACAUACACACACAGAUGUCUUGUCUGUCUGUCUGUCUGUCUGGUGGUCAGUGGAACGAGCUGCAGACGGACGAUGAGCGGAAGGCCUACCUAGAACAGGCAACCAACCUCAUUACCAACACACGAAGUGGUCUCGCGCGCAAAUGCAUGUGUGUGUUGUGUUGCGCGUUGUGCUGUGGUUUGGUGUGCAGGCUUUGGCCAAGAAGCGGAUGUUCCGGCCCAUCCAGCCGGCAUCGUUCACACAUGGGCCGGCCGACGGCAUAUAGCUCGUGUGUCAGUCAUUGUGUGAGGGUGUGUUGAUAGCAAACCAGCCAGACAGCCAGCUGCCCCUCCCCUUAAUGAUGUGCGUGGGACCUGCUGAAGGUCAUCCAAUGAGACAGAGAGACAAUGUUGGCAUGCGGAAUAUACACUCCUGACCGAAAGCAUCUGUCUCGCUCAGGCUUACAUCAUCGCGUGAGACCCGCGAGUGGAGUGCUGUACGGGAGUGCGAUUCCACUUGGCAAGGGCAAGAGUCGUUAUGUUUCAUGGACGGGCUGCUGCGUGAACACGUCGAUUCUGCAAGCCCCCUCGCCAUCCCCGUGCAGCUCUGGAC